AUCAAUCGAAUUUCUGCGAAUGAAAAAAAUUUGUUUUUAAAACAAAUUUAAUUAAUAAUUAAUUAAGUCUUUAUUGAAUUGAGUGUGCAGGAAAGAGUCACUAAAAUGGCUGAAGAUGAAGAGGCUGCUCCCGAAACCUUGGAAGAAGCAGGUGUGCUGGAGGCUGAUGUUGGGGCGAGAUUUGACCAGCAGCUGGCGGGCAUCGACCCCAAGCUCAAGAUCGAUAUGGACCCCUUCGCCCACCGCGACCUGCGGCCCGAGAUGAUGUUCAUCCGCGAGGAGCUGCGGCAGGCCAAGUGGCAGACCCUGGCUAUCCAUAGACGGCGAGCAAAAGCAAGAAAAGCAAGAAGAAUAUUGCCUGUUAAAGGUAAAAGUCAUCCGACCACACAACAGACGCGUCUCCGUAGUUUUCAAGGAGGCAAACGAGCAGACGGAUCACCUAAUGGUAAGUGAUUACCGUCGCCCAUAGACACCCGCAGAC